AUGUAUGUUGCAUUGGUCACAUGCACAUUGCGUGGAUGCGACAGGCCGGUUGCACGUUUCCAACAGAGACAGAUUUUGAACUCAUAUUUUGCCUGCAUUGAUAAAAAUGCCACCAACUUCCGAUCACUUGCCGACAAGAAGAAGGCAUUGAGAGAGUCAAAAUACGUGGCUCACCCGGAGACCGCUUCCUCGCGCAGUGGUGCGCAGAUGAGCGGCACAAGGCCCCGUUGA